UCAGAACUGAUUUCUUAGAGGAGUUUUUUGCAAUCAAUCGCGAAGAUUGUCGAAUCCACCGGCACCGGUACCGGCACCAUCAACCUGAAGGAGAACCCUAUCGGAGUUCUCUUCCUCUUUCGUAGCCGAAUCAGAUUGAAUCAACUUCACGUUUCGGUGGACUUUCCGAGCUUUGCAGAGAAGAGAAAUCAAAUGGGUGCAGAAGCAGGCGACCAGAAGGAUCAACCUAAGCCGAAUCCCAUGACAGAGGCCCAGUUCCUCUCCUGGAAACGCCGAAAGGAUGCUGAUGCAUCUGCAAGAAAAGCCGAAGCUGCCAGAAAACGAACGGAGGAUAUAGCUGCGGGAACUGUUCAGAUGAAUGGACGGGAGCUCUUCUUGCAUGAACCUUGGGUGUUUGAUAACUCUCAGUAUUAACCCUUUUGCGCGCGCGCGCGCGCGCGAGUGAAAGAUGAUCAUAUGAUAUCAUAUCAUAUAUGUGGAAGAUAGACUGAUCGAUGGCAUGAUUGUAAGAUUAUCGUAACGGGUCCCUAGUUAGGGCAUGAGUAAAUUGGCCACCUUCUUCAAUUGCGAAUGACUGUAGAGGGUCGCACUUAGUGUAUGGAUUCCUUUUAUGUUUUUGCAGGGCAUUUGGUAGUGUCUCGAGUACCAUGUCUUUGAACCGAACCAGAUUGGACCGAUACCUUUAUCGCUAAAUUCACCGAAAUUGAUACUAUUCCAUCGAA